UCGUGCGGAAACCUUGUAGUAUACAUUCGAGAUCCUGUGGUUGAAACCUCCUGGGCUGCCCAUUUCCGCAGUGUCAACCGACACUAGUCUCUAUUCACGACGAUUCUUUAACCUAGAAGAACGAGGCAAUCUGUGACGCAUGUCUUGUUCCAAUAACGCCGUCUUGGUUCAGAUUCCUUUUGCCCGCUCCGCCACAACGCCAGCUUCCUCAGUACACUGAAAACGAUCAGACCACGCGAUCAGACCACCGCAAUCAUGGCCACCGUCAAUAUCCGUCGGGAUAUCACCGAUCCCUUCUACCGUUACAAGAUGGAGAAGCUCCAGUCCAAGAUCGAAGGUAAAGGCAACGGUAUCAAGACUGUUGUCGUCAACCUGAACUCGGUCGCCCAGUCUCUCAGCCGGCCCCCAUCUUACGUUAUCAAGUAUUUCGGAUUCGAGCUGGGUGCUCAGGCGAACGCCAAGCCUACUGACGAUCGCUGGAUCAUCAACGGUGCCCAUGACGCCCCAAAGCUCCAGGACUACCUGGACGGAUUCAUUUCCAAGUUUGUACUUUGCAAGAAGUGCAAGAAUCCGGAAACUGAUGUGGUCAUCAAAGACGGUCGGAUCCUGCUUGACUGCAAGGCCUGUGGUCAGCGCUCCGAGGUUGACCCUCGUCUGAAGCUGAGCACUUUCAUCAUCAGGAACCAACCUACUAAGGGCAAGAAGGACAAAUCCUCCAAGAAGAGCCGCCGUGACCGGAACAAGGAUAAGAGUGAUGCGACAGAAAACGGAGAUAAAUAUGGCAGCCCAGGCGACAGCAACAACUCAGAAGACGGAGAAGCGGAAGACCUGGCCAUCGAGGCAAACAGCGACGAUGAGCUUACUCGUCGUAUCAAUGCGGAGGCCGAGAAUCUUGAUAAGGACGAUGAUAUUGACGAUGACAACUGGGCCGUUGAUGUCUCGGAAGAGGCCGUCAAAGCCCGUGCCCAGGAGCUUCCUUCGGAUCUCAAGCGUGCGCUUGUCAUUGAGGAUGCUGAUGAUGAAGAAGGCGAUGGUGCCAGCGCCUAUGACCAGCUUGGAAGCUGGAUCAUCAGCACCGCCGAAGGCAAGGAAGGUGGUGUUGCUGACGUCAGCGACAUCGACAUCUACAUGAAGGCGAAGGAACUUGGCAUCGAGAGCAAGCACAAGACCUUGACAGUGUUGGCGCAGACUAUCUUCGACGAGAAGAUUGUUAAGCAGAUUCCCAACCGCGCCUCCAUGCUUAAGAAGAUGAUCACCUCCGAGCGCCACGAGAAGGCUUUCCUCGGUGGUACCGAGCGUUUCGUCGGCAAGGAUCACCCUGACCUUAUCCCUCAGGUUCCUGCUAUCCUGCUCCAGUACUACCAGCAUGACCUAGUCUCUGAGGACGUGCUCAAGGCCUGGGGUUCCAAGGCUAGCAAGAAGUAUGUCGACAGUGCGACCAGCAGGAAGGUCCGCAAGGCUGCUGAGCCCUUCCUCGAAUGGCUCGAGAAUGCCGAGAGUGAUGAAGAGAGCGAGGAAGAGGAAUAGAUUUGACGUGAAACUCAGAAAUUUUCUCUGGCUCUUUUACCGCUUUCCGGAUACUGUUCUUGGGCGCGUCAUUCCAUGGGAUCACUUCCGCUCAGAAAAUACUAAACUGUCUUUACCGAGAGACUUAGUGCUUGAUUCCUGACUAUUGUUUAUUUUCAAAACUCGAGUUCUUUAGUUCGAAGUAAUAGGAUCAGCAAACAAUAUCAAUGCAAUCCCUUCUCAUCUAACG